UUACGUGAACAGAAACAAACAUGGCGCCGCGAAAGUGAGGAAAACUCUGCUGCGAGUGUUUCUACCAUGGUUGUUGUUUAUUUUUGUGUGGUUUUAAGCAGCUGUGGAACAUAUAAACACACAAACAUUUAACCUGCUAGUCAAACUUACCGAUAAGUGAGCAGAAAACCGAAAAUACGAACUUUAUGUGGAGUUUUUAGUGUCUCGUGUGUUCAGUUUGUUUCCAUAUCAACCGAUGUCCUGGCGCUGUGGAAGCUAACUGACAGAAGGUAACUGCUGUGAGUGGCUCUUUGAUUAUGAGCUGGAUCGAUCCGGGGGUGGAUUAGUCUUCAAUAGGUCGUUUAAAUCUCGCUACUUGGCUCUUUUAUUGAUUUAAAACAGGGAUUAGUUAGUUUGGAGGCCGAGUUUGAGCCACCCCGUCGCACCGACCCACCGGACAGAUGAGAGGAAGAAGAAGAAACUCACCGGAUAAAUCAGUUUCUCAGGAUCAGGCCAGGAUGGCUCUGAGAAAACAAGUACUGAAGGACGCCGGUGACGUCCCCUCCAGAAGCCACCAGAUCGAUGACGACACUGAGGAGGACGAAGCUCUGGAAGAUGAUAACGACGAGUUCUCAUCGUCUCUUCUGUCGCCGUCAUCAUCGAGAGGAACACGCAGGAGAGAGAGGGAAAACAAAUCCAAACCCAAAGAGAUGACAGAGGAGGAGAUGAUGGACUUGGCUCUGCGGCUCAGCGAGCAGGAAGCCAGCAUCACUGCACUCAGGCUGCAGAAAGAGGAAGAGGCCAUGAUGAAAGCCAUUCAUGAGAGUAUGACACAGCCAUGUUCGCCCUCCCAGAGUCAGAGCCUGCUGUCUGAUCCUGAAGCAUCGCUCAGGAUCAGCUCACGACGGAAACUCUUGUACUCAAACGGGCAGCCGGCGUCUGAGGACGGCUGCACGGCAGAGAAGGAUCUGAACCGAGGAGCAAAACGAAGUGGAGAUGGAGGCUGUAGCUGGAAUAAAAAGCGGAAAAGGAAAGAAGGAAGUCCUCUGCUGGAGAUGCCAGACUUGUCCCAGACUCAGAAAAUCAACUCUCAGGCUUCAACCUGCAGCUCAGAGGUCCUGGAGCUGCAUCUGGACUCGCAGCAGAGCACUGACUCAACCCAGAUCGACGACUGUCACCCCUGUAAAUCUCCUGUCUUCCCCUUGACUGGCCUCAGAGCCGAGGUCCACGUCCCCCGGCUGACUCAGGACCUGCUGCAGAACUGCAGAACCUCAGGGUUUGUGUUGUGUUCUCUGGACAGCUCGACUUCGCCUCCAAAGUCUUCGUCUGCCCAACCCAAGAGCCCAACGUUUCCCAAAAGCCCGGAGCGCUCUGAUAACCUCAUGACAGUUCCUAAAAGUCCUGUCUUCUCAGAGACUGAUCAGGACGGUGGUGCAGAGACGCAGCCGAGUCCUGAGUAUUUUAAGAGUCCCGUAUUUGGCAGCAAUACUCAGAAUAAGAAGUCUUCAAGUGCCUCCAAACCACAAGUCAGCGUCUGUAACUCAGGGUUCAUGUUCUCAUCUCAGGAGAGUUUAACCUCCUCUGUGAGGUCCACGUCCUGCCGGCCUAAGAGCCCGGUGUUCCCAAGAAGCCCUGAUGUCACCCCAGAAAGACCAGCAGCCAGCAGAAGUCCUGUAUUCUCAGAGACUGAUCCAGUGUUCGGCCAGAGUGGAAGGCGACAGAAGAUUCGUCUGGAUGAGCAGAAACACUCUGCGAAUCCUUCAGCUGCAGAGCUCAGAGCGUCAGUCUGUGGAGGAAAUUCAGCCACUACAGGGCGUCGGAGACAGGACGGAGAGACUGAUCGGAACCAGCGUGUCGGGCUGAACGCGUCCUAUGAUGUCGAGGAGGAGCUGAAGGAAAUAUCCAAAGAGAGAGAGUCAGCCGAGCUGACCAGUGACAUGACGCUGCUGUUGUCUGAUGAGGACGACGUCACGCCGGUGGGGUCGCCCAGCCCGGUCUUCCCAGAGGAGAGACCCGUCCUCCAUGUGGCUGCAGCGUCUCCAGGAACAAGCGGGUCGACCUGCAGACCCUCUACAUACACCACAGAGCGAGAACAGCAGCCAAUCAGCAGUCAGGGAGCAGUCAGCAGCGUGUCAGCUCCGCCUGGGCAGCCUGCAGGCGGGUCGACGGUUCACUACUACUGGGGGGUUCCCUUCUGUCCACGAGGCCUGGACCCAGACAGCUACACAAAGGUGAUCCUGGCUCAGAUGGAUGUGUAUGAGAAGAGUCUGAAGCAGGCUCAGAGGUGUCUGCUGAGGAAGGCUGAGUGGGGGGAGGCCAUCCUGCCACAGCCGGAGAAAUCACCGUCUCCUGAGCCGCGUGCUGAAUCACCUCAGGAGCUGUUUCCUCGAAGACGCGGCUUCAGACUGAGGAGUAAAAAACUGUGUGAUGCAGCCGAGGAGGCAACAGAGGAGGACGAAGGAAACAACAAGGAAGAUGAAGACAAGCAGGAAAUAGAGAACAAAGACGAAGAGAAGAAGAAUGAGGGAGGAGGAGGAGAGGUGGACUCUGAUGACUGUGAGGUUUGUCCAGAGACGCAGCUGAGCGACAACGAUGACGACAGGACACAAGAUCUGAUGAUCGACACUGACGCUGGAUCAGAGCUGCGACAGAAAAGCCCAGAGCCGCCCGAGGUCGAGAUGAUUGUCCAGGACGACUCUCCAGCCGUGCAGGAGCUGCAGGAUGAGGAGAUGGAGGUGGAGGUGGAGGUGGACGCUCCAGCGGACAGAAAGACGAAGGGAAACAUUCCUGUUAGAAGCAGCGACGUCGGAGGUGAUGUUGGUAAUGUGGAGGAGGACGGGGAGGAUCCAGACGUGGAGGAGAUAAAAGAUCGAGGGCUUCAGAGGUCGUCGUCUCCUGAACUGGAUCCAGCCGUCGUCCCUCGGAGCCCUGAAACCAGCGUGGACUGUCCCAUCUGUCAGGGAUCGUUCCCCGUGACGGAGAUCGAGAUGCACGCCGCGUACUGUGACGGAGACGUGGACGAGAGGAGGCCCAAGGCCGACUGUUUCCAAGUGACAUCGAAGCCUCGCAGGAAGAGAACGAGGAGAGCUGAUCUGACUGCUGAGGAGGCUAACGAGCCCCCGAACGCUGUCAGGAACCCAGAGAAGUGUUUCAUCUGUCAGAAAGCGGUUCCUGUGAGAGACUACAGCCGACACACUGAGCUCUGCAUCCAGCAGCAGAGGACAAAGUCUGCAGCGAAGGGAAAUCUGCUGUCAGCUCUGGAGAAAACAGACAGCAGAGAUUCAGAGGCCGGGCCGUCUGGAUCCAAACCUCCACCAAGUGAUGUCAUCGAUCUGCGGGAUGAUGAUGAUGAUGAAGAGGAGGAAGGCAGCGCGUCAGCGUUCAGGGUCAGUAACUCCCCCAUCAGAGCCUUCACUCCGAUCUCCGAGGCCGCCGGCUGCCUUAUCGACUUCAAGAAACAGCAUCGAACCAAGAAGCUGAGCCAAAGACGAAGAUGAGGACCUAACCCGAACCUGGAAACCAGAGCCUUAAGUAGAACCGACCCACGAGGCACCGGGGCGACAUCCACACCAGAACGGACUUGUGUUGAACUUCUUGAUAUCAGAUAUCAGAUUUUUUGGGGGGUAUUUAUGCAGGUGAAUGAAUACAAACAGAGCACUCAAGUGUAUUCAGAUCCAACCUGGUCGUGACUCAUUUUGUGCCACUAAAUAUUUCCUGUAUGGACGUUUUGUUUGUGUCGACGGUGAUUCAGGCGACUACCUCUACACGUGUGGGAACAUUUGCGCUCCACAUCACAGAGUGUUCACCAAACAACGUGUUGCAGAUCUUCAUCUUGAAGGAACAGUGAGGUGAAGUCUCAGAGUCCACGAGUCAUAAAUCAAAAACACAAUAUAUAAAGUGUAAUUCACGUCAGAUCACUUAUUAAUACGUCAUCCUGUGGUCUCUCUGUCAGUCGCCGCCGAAACUUUGAGUUUUUGUUGGUUCGCGCCAGAACCAACAAACACUGAAAGUUCCUCAUGAACUUUGAGAUCAGCGCUAACACGACGUGCUCGCUUGCUAACCGUGACCAUGUGUAGGUGCUAACAUGUAGUGUGCUGACAUUGUUAAACGUCAGCAUGAGUAAACUCUGUUGCCACGCUAACACAGGGUAAUGUUAGCACUUCAGCUAACAUUUAGCACAUUACAGAUACUACAAGUGUUUCUCUCAUUGAUGGACCGAGCCAAUCAGAGCAGACGGAACAGUGAGGCGACCCGGCAGUCGGCCUCCGACGCUGCCAGUUCUUCGGCGUCGGUUCGGUGUGUCUGGGCCUCAAUGUGCAAAAUGUUGAAUGUUAACAUCAGACGUCUGAGAUCAACAUAACAUGUUACCUGGAGCAGUGUUAGCAUGCUAACAUUCCAGCAGUAGUAUUCAGCUCAAAACACAGCUAACGCCUCAGACAGCUCAGCGUCUGAAAUGUCCUAAAAUGGCCACCGUAUUAAGAGUAAACCUGCCGAUCGAGGCGACAUGGUGGCCUUUUUUCCUCUGGUGCCAAACCAGGGUUCACAAACCAAGUGAAGUUAAAUCAGAGUUUCUAAACUUUCCACAUAUUCAUGAGUUUUUAGUUUCCGGUGCGAGUGAAAAAGUCCCUGCAAGAUCUAAAUCCACCACAGACGGAGGAGCCGGCAGCUUUUCUUUAAAGAGCAUCUAAAACUAAAAUGAAAUGUCUGAUGUGAUCAGAAACAAACAAAAAAUCUUAAAUCAUUAUUAGUUGGGGGUUUUUUUUUUAACCACACAAGACCAAACAACGAGAAACUCGACUCUUCUGACCUGAGUCGUCGUUCUUGUUCACAUCAGGUGAAACGUUCCUGUCGGCACGUUGAAGGAAGUUCGAUGCAAAUCAAGCCUGAAAACUCUGAAUUUACCCUUUAAAAGAAUUAGCUGGCUCGUUCACAGCAGCUUCCUGAGCUUCACACUCGUCCUCGUCACUGUGGACCACAAAGUUGUUUCCCUGUUUGUGUUUCUUCUGUUGUUCGACUGCGUGCUCGUAGUUUUGGCCUUGUAUCCUGAAUCAGCACUUUAGAGACGAAUUUGCUAAGUGAUGUCACAGAACAGAAGUAAAGUCACUGAAACUGA